CGGGCCCUCAGGCGGAGCGACAGGUCUCGGGCCCCCAGGCGGGGCGGCGGGCGCCGGACCCCCAGGCGGAGCGACAGGUCUCGGACCCCCAGGCGGAGCAGCGGGCACCGAGUCACCAGGCACGACAGUGGGCUCCGAGUCAACUGGCAUGACCGCUGGCACUAGCGGGCAUCGGGUCACCAGGCAUCAGGUCAUUUGGCUCGACAGCGGGCACCGUGUCAUCUGGCAAGGCAGUGGGCUCCGAGUCAACUGGUAUGACCGCGGGCACUGGACCGGACAGCGGGCAUCAGGUCACCAGGCAUCAGGUCAUUUGGCUCGACCGCGGGCACCGCGUCAUCUGGCAAGGCAGUGGGCUCCGAGUCAACUGGUAUGACCGCGGGCACUGGGUCAGACAUUGGAUCGUCUGACUGGACAGCGGGCAUCGGGUCACCAGGCAUCAAGUCACUUGGCUUGACAGCGAGCACCGCGUCAUCUGGCAAGGCAGUGAGUUCCGAGUCAACUGGCAUGACCGCGGGCACUGGGGCAGACAUUGAAUCGUCUGGCUGGACAGCGGGCAUCGGGUCACCAGGCAUCAGGUCAUUUGGCUCGACAGCGGGCACCGCGUCAUCUGGCAAGGCAGUGGGCUCCGAGUCAACAGGCACGACAGUGGGCACCGGGUCAUCAGGCAUUGGAUCGUCUGGCUCGACAGCGGGCAUCGGGUCACCAGGCCGAGUAGAGGCAUCAGGCCGAGUAGAGGCAUCAGGCCGCGUACAGGCAUCAGGCCGAGUAGAGGCUUCAGGCCGAGUAGAGGCUUCAGGCUGAACCACGGAAGGAAGGCAGGCUCACCGGUUUGGAUACUGGCAGGAUGGUAUUGGUUGGAAAGAAUUUUCGCUUUUUUCUGGUUUUAACUACUGGAGCACUGCAAGUAAACGCAGGUCUGCAAACGAAUGGAGCAGCUGGAGACAGAGAAGAACUGGAGGAUGGAACAGGAGAGGGAGCAGUUGCUACAGAGGGCUUUUUUACAGGGUUAAAGGCAGGAUAGGUGCAGCGAGUGGGAACAGGGUACUGACAUGCGGUAGAUAGCCAAGUAUACUGGGC